GAGAGAGAGAAAAGAGGAGGGAGAGAGAGAAAGUGGUCACUGUUUGCUGUGGGCUAGUGUAUAUAAAAGUCCUCUCCAUAAAGCCGUUAAGUGUGCCGGGGUGGAAAAAGUGCAGUUUCGCCACUCUCUCGUCUCACUAUAUACAUACAUAUAUACACAUCUCUAUAUCUAUCUACAGAUAUUCAUCGAUCGCUGUUAUACCAUCUUUGUUUUCCUAAUCAACACCAGUAUUUCUCUGUCAAGUCGCAUCGAUUUGUAAUUUCAAUGCAAAAUGAAGUUGAUGUAGUCCUUGUUUUCUCUACGUUGAGGUUUUGUGUGGUCUUCAUCCACGAUUCACGAGACAUGGAGGCGAACGAAUUUGAGAAAUCUAUUCAUGUCAAACAGUUCGAUUAGAGGUGUGCGUUCGCAUCGAUUUCACAAAUCUUGAUCUUGAAAGUUCGGCUUGUUUGAGGUUUGUUAGGCUAUAAUAACAAAUAUUUUUAAGUAAAGGUUUUGGGAACAGAUUUGGAUUUUGAAGCUUCUGGAUUCACUGUGUUUAUCAGCCAGUCCUAACUGUAUACAUAAUUGUGCGCACUACUAGUUGUAACUUGGAAAUUGAUGGAAAUCUCAUCUGGAAAGGUCAAAAUCAUGAAUUUCUUUGUUACUUGUGGCCAUCUUUAAUUGCUUUUACAUCACCUGUUACGAAUAUCUGGUACGUAGUUCUUGAGGUAGGGUUUUUAGCUAUGGACUAUUUGCUAUUCACUUCCAUGGAGCCGCCAAUAAAGAGAAGAGCAGGUUUGCGGAUAAAACAGGCGGGGCGAGGUUCAUAUCGGGGUAGUUAGUGAGCGGUUGUAUUGAUAAUUUGGCUGAUUUUAAUCUUUCUUCAACUGGACCUUUUUAUUUCCUGAGAAACUUUACACAUGGGGGCUACUCCUCUGCGGCAGUUCCUGCAGAGUCUUUGCCAUAACUCUCAUUGGAAUUAUGCAGUCUUUUGGAAGCUUCAGCAGCAGAGCUCAAUGCUUUUGACAUGGGAAGAUGGAUACUGUGAUUGUUUGAAACCUAGAGAAUCCAUGGGAAGCAUACUAGGUGAUAUUUGCUUCAAAGAAUCGGGUGAAAUAUUUUCUUUUAGUUGUGAAUCAAAUUCAAAUGAUGGAAGAGUGGGUGAAUAUCCAAUUGAAUUAGCAGUGGCUGAUAUGUCAAGGGUUCAAUAUGCAUUGGGGGAGGGGGUUAUUCAUGAAGUGGCAUAUACGGGGAACCAUUGCUGGCUUUUCUGCGACAACAUAUCAGCUGGUGAAUUCAACUCUAAGUUAGUUGCCAAGAGUCAAGAUGAAUGGCAACUUCAGUUUUUGGCAGGGAUCAAGACUAUUUUGCUGGUACCAGUUGUUCCACAUGGAGUUUUGCAACUUGGCUCAUUGGAAAUGGUUGCUGAAGAUCUGGCACUGGUUGCUAAUAUCAAAGAUAAUUUUAAUGCUCAUCAAAUUGUUUUAGGGUAUUCACCUUCUACCUCUAACGGGGAAUUUUUAGCCCAGUCAUCAUCAUCAUCAAUGAUGUCUGUUCUCAUGGAUAACUUAGAUGUGCCGUCAACAACUGCUAUGAAUGAAAUGAAUUCUGAAUACAUAAAGGCUGUUGAUAGUGUCAAACCCAAAAACAACAAACUUUCAACUGCAGAUCAAAUGAUGCCACAAGGCACAUUUCAAGAUGCAUACCACAUUUCUGAAAAAAAUAUGCCAGAAAUCUUCAAUGGUGCAAGUGAAUAUGAUAUUAAUGUUCGAUCAAUGUGUUUAAUUGAAGUAUCAAAACCACUCACUCAGUCAGUAGAUGCCAUUAAGUCAGAGAUGACGGAGAGUAACAUGUUCAGAUUUUCUGGUCUAGAAGAAGAAUUACAGGCUUUUCCCUGCACUAACAACUGCAAUGUGAGGGAGUUUGGAGAAUAUGCUUACCAAACUAUGAUCUCUUACUCUGAUGGAGGUAUGAUGGAACAGCCAUUUUUAGACAAAGAUUCUGAUAAUAAUGGUCUUAAAAUUGCAAAUAGUUUAUUCAGCUUUCCCAUAGACUCUGAGCUGCCAAUUGCAAAUAGUUUAUUCAGCUUUCCCAUAGACUCUGAGCUGCACAAAGCACUAGGGCCUUCUCUCUUGGAGCGGCAUAGCGAGGAAAAGUUGUGUGAUUCAUCUGUCGUAGUUGAGGAUACUUGUGGCAGCUCAAGUUUGAUCUACAAUGGAAAUCUUAGCCACGGUAUUGAGUCAUCAGCCUGGGAAUCCAUUGGAUGCUUUGCCAAAGGAGAUCUCAGCCAUGGUGUUGAGUCAUCAGCCAGGGAAUCCAUUGGAUGCUUUGCCAAAGGAGAUGACGUGGAACAUCUCUUGGAUGCUGUAGUUGCCAAUGUAUGUAGCAGUUCAGAUGAUUUUUCAUCUAACAUGCCCAACAAUGUCAAGUUAACUAUGACAUCGUCGGGACAAUUUGCUGCUGCUUCCUCCACGGCAAGAAGUCAAUCAGAAAGAACUGCCUUUGUGGGAGAGGGUGCAUUUCCACGGAGCGGUGCAGUAUCUGCAUUUGCUGCAAGGGACAUAAAUUCUCUUACUAACUCUACACCAUCAGCUUCUUCAUUUGAGAGCAUGAUGAGCACAUUGAUCGAGGAGCAGGAGCAGCAGCAGCAGAAAGAAGGGUACAGUUACACGCAGUCCAGGAAGGGAUCAAAGAUAUUAAAUGCCAGCAAAAGAAGGGCCAGACAUGGUGAUAACCACAGGCCAAGACCACGGGAUAGACAAUUGAUUCAGGAUCGGGUCAAAGAGUUGCGUGAACUUGUCCCAGAUGGUGCAAAGUGUAGCAUUGAUGGCCUGUUAGAUCGAACAAUAAAGCACAUGCUGUUCUUAAGAAGUGUUACUGAUCAGGCUGAUAAAUUGAGGCAGUGGGUUCAUCAAGAGGUAACUGGUGAGAAGAAUGUGAAAUCAUCUGAAUCCAAGGGUGGUCAUCAGGGUGGGACAAGCUGGGCUUUCGAACUGGGAAGUGAGCUCCAAGUGUGUCCCAUAGUUGUGGAAGAUCUUGAAUGUCCAGGGCACAUGCUAAUAGAGAUGCUUUGCAAUGACCACGGUUUCUUCCUAGAGAUUGCUGAUGUUAUUCGUCGUUUGGAGUUAAAUAUCUUGAAGGGUGUGAUGAAAACCCGCUCUGACAAAACGUGGGCUCACUUCAUUGUUGAGGCUUCGAAGGACUUUCACAGAUUGGAUAUCUUCUGGCCACUAAUGCAGCUUCUGCAACGAAACCAAUGUUCCAUACCAAGCAAGAUUUGACGCAUAUUAUGCCCAGAGCUCAUGUGAGGAACAGCCGGGAACCAUCUGUCUUAGCUUCCAAUGUAUUAUACUAAAAUCUGAAAUUGGUCGCAGCUAUACAUCAUCUUCGUAUUAUGAGCUAUACAUCAUCUUCGUAUUAUGAGCCAUUUGAGUCACAAGAAUUGCUUGUAUGUAUUGUAUGAGUAGAAGGAAUGUAUUAUUUAUUUACGAAGAUUGGAUUCAGUUUCGAUUUCA